AUGACCCCCACCCACCCUGAUCGCUAUCUCGGGCUGAAAUGCCAUUAUAUUAAUUCGUCCCUAGCCCAAACAUUUGGCAUAGGUGUCAUUGAACGCCUAGUCGGCAUCAACCGCAACCCCGCCAACGCCUGGGUCUACAACGGCACCGUGAUCCCCGACAACAUCGCCGUCAGCAUGGGCGAAUACCACAUGCUGGUGAACGAGUGCCAGUUACCAGACCUCACCGCCUUCCGAUCGGAGCGCUAG